CAUAAACAGUUUAUUUUGCGACACCACGAAACAAACGAUAGCGUAAAAUGAAACGAUAAAUGUUUUUAUAUCGUCAUCCGAUAUAUAUCGUUAUAUUGAACAGCCCUGUCACACUUUUUCACUAGUGUUUCACUACAGCUCAGAGAGUAAAUGGUGACUGUUUACAGACAAGUUAAUGUCUUCGAUACAAACUUCUCCUAUCUGCUAGCAACAAAAAAAAAAAAUCACAAGGUGGUUUUUGAUUGCAACACACUCUUUGUGAUUGAUUUGGGUCAAAUUUAUACAUUUUGGUCACACUCUUUUUGAAAAAGGUAGAGCAAGCCGUCAAGCAGUAGCACAUCCUAGAUUGUAUUAGAGAAUGUGAAAGGUCCCGAUAUGCUGAUUCUGAAGUAAAUUACAAGUACUUUAAAACUACACUGAAGCACAGAAUUGAAGUCAAUGUGAUCAGUUUUAGCAUCAUUCAGAGAGGUUUUUGGGAGUCACCCGAGGUCCACAAAAACUUGAAAAGAUAAGCUUGAACAGGUCCAACUUUUUUCAAUAAUCCUAAAUAACACUGUAUAAUUGAACUCUCCACCAGCUAUGUAGUUACAAUAGAUGCAACAAAUCAAUUCAGCAGUUUGUGAGUCAUAUUUCAGCUCAGGUUGAUGGAUUUGGUGGACACUGUAGAUCAUUUUACAGUCUUGUAGGUGUGGAGCAAAACCCGAAGGACAAGCGUUUUAGGAAGAAGUGAAACCUAAAGUGAGAACUAUAAAAUAUUUCUCUCUCUUUCAAAGAUACUUGAACUGGAUUAUCCAGCCUUCUUCAACAACAGAGUAGAGCGCUUCUGUCCAACACUGGAACAUGAAACUGAGUUCAUACAGCCAUUCUCAACAGCACAGCAGAGAUUUUGUCCAAUACUGGUCUGAAAAGCUUACUACAAGGGUGCCUGACACACCUGCAGAGAGAGGUGGGAUUAAACGGAGUCCAUCAGGUUGUCUUCAACAACACAGCAGAGUCUCUACAAGCAGUGGUGAGUCUAGUUGAUCACAUUCAUGUUUCAGUGCAAAUCUUCGAUUCACUUUAUUCAUUUCAUGCUGACUUUCUUUGUCUCCAAUCCGCUACCUUAAGUAUGUUUUCACUACAGCCAUUUCCAUCCUCUUUACGAUAUCCUCAACUGUUAUUCUGCAUUUCUCUCCCUAUAUCCAACACAGAGGGAACAGAGGUAAUUCUCAUCACCUCUGUUCCCUGUUCCCUACAUUCAUGAUCCAGCCUGACAUGCAUGGGAUUGUCAUCAAACAGAACUAAGAGAACAGAAAAAAAAAAUCUUGAAACUGAUUCUCCACAGGCAGCCUGGAACAGGACAUAUGUGGCAGGAAAGAAGGAAAAGCAGAAUGGAUCCACAUUAAACAGAAUGAAAACUGAAUUUUAAAUAUAAUCAGUUUCUUUUCUCUUUCAGAGUGCAGACAUGUCUGCUGCCAGCUGUCUUCUAUCUCAUGAUCAGUUUCAGUGCUCCAUCUGUCUGGAUAUCUUAACUGAUCCAAUCUCCACACCAUGUGGACACAACUUCUGCAAAAACUGCAUCAGUCAACACUGGGAUAUUAGUGAAACCUGUCAGUGCCCCACAUGUAAAAAGGUGUUUGAGACCAGACCUGAGCUGCACAUCAACACUUUCAUCUCUGAGAUGGUUUCUCAGUUCAGACUUGAAGCUCAGCAGAAAGUCAGCAGCAGCAGUUCAGAGCAACAAGCUGCCAAACCAGGAGAAGUUCCCUGUGACAUCUGCACUGAAACCAAACUGAAGGCCCUGAAGUCCUGCCUGGUGUGUCUGGCCUCCUACUGUCAGACUCACCUGGAGCCUCAUCUGACAGCUUCAUGUCUGAAAAGACAUCAGCUGAUUGAUCCUGAGGAGAACCUGGAAGGCAGGAUGUGUAUAAAGCAUGAUAAACCUCUGGAGCUGUUCUGUAAGACUGAUCAGACAUGUAUCUGCAUGCUCUGCUCUGUUAUAGACCACAAUACUCAUGAGUUUGUUCCUUUGAGAGAAGAAUAUGAAGGAAAGAAGGCAGAGCUGGGGAAGACUGAGACUGAAAUUCAACAGAUGAUCACGAAGAGACAACUAAAGAUUCAGGAGAUCAAAGAGUCAGUGAAGAUGAGUAAAGAUGCUGCAGACAGAGAGAAAGCAGAAGGUGUUCAGGUCUUCACUGCUCUAACGAAGUCUCUCAGGAAAAGCCUCAACGAGCUCAUAAAGGAGAUUGAAGAUAAACAGGAAACAACAGAGAAACAGGCUGAAGGUUUCAUCACAGAUCUGGAACAGGAAAUCUCUGAGCUGAUGAAGAGAAGCUCUGAGGUGGAUCAGCUCUCACGCUCUAAAGAUCACAUCCACCUCCUCCAAUGAUUCUCAUUCCUGAAAGCUGCUCCAGCCACCAAGGACUGGACAGAGGUCAGUAUCCAUCCACCAUCAUAUGAGGGGACUGUGGUGAGAGCUGUGGAUCAGCUGAAGGAGACUCUCAGUAAAGAAAUGAAGAAGCUGUUUGAGGCUGAGCUGAAGAGGGUCCAGCAGUAUGCAGUGGAUAUGACUCUUGAUCCUGAUACAGCACAUCAGAAACUCAUCCUGUCUGAUGAUGAAAGACAAGUACACUGUGGUGAAGAGGAGAAUGAUCUUCCAGACAACCCAGAGAGAUUUUCUAAAGGUGUUUGUGUUUUAGGAAAGCAGAGUCUCUCUUCAGGCAGAUUUUACUUUGAGGUUUGGGUUAAAGAAAAGAGAGACUGGAUUUUAGGAAUGGUCAGAGAGUCAGUCAACAGAGAGGAAGAAAUCACACUCAGUCCUGAGGAUGGUUACUGGACUGUAGCAGUAGUAAAUGGAAAUGUAUGUGUAGCUUUUGAGGACUCCCAGGUCCGUCUCUCUCCUCAGUUUUGUCCUGAGAAGGUGGGAGUGUUUGUGGAUUAUGAAGAGGGUCUGGUCUCCUUUCAUGAUGUAGAUGAUGCAGCUCUUAUCUACUCCUUUACUGGCUGCUCCUUCACUGAGAAACUCUACCCAUUCUUCUGUCCCGGUGUCAAUGAUAAUGGUAAAAACUCUGCACCUCUGAUCAUCUGUCCUGUCAAUCAGUCAGUCUGAACUUUUUCGAUCCAGAAACUAUAUUAAUUACAUUAUUCUCAACAUUUUAACAGCACAGAGAAGAAGUCCUAAAAACAGAACUGAACAAACUGCACCUGUUGAUAAAAAACCAUGAGAUAUGGUCAGAAGCUUCAAAACAAACUAGUGAGCUCACCUUUCAGUUGAUUUUUAUUGAACUGUUUUCAAGUUGAAGAAAAAGAUUUCUUUGAGGAAGUGAGAAGAGUCUGAGAAAAUACAAACUCUCCUUUACUUUUCUCAGUUUUUAAAGGCACAGACAUUAAAGCAUAAACUGUACAAAUGUUAAUAUUUCAUUAUUUUUAUUCACCUGGGGUUAAAUAUCAAAAACUAGGAUUGAUAAACUGUUCUGUUGUUUUAACAUGAAAUGAUUAAAAAUAUGAACUUUUAUCAUCUCCUGUGAUAGUUUCAUUGAACAAAGCUGUUCAAUUUUUUAACCUUGCCAGUUAAGUUAUAAGAGAGAACAUAACAGACUGGCGGCGAGGUUAAAACGGAUCCCGGAUGUGCAGUGGGCGACAGAGAGGGGGAAAUCCUUGUGAAAGUGGCCAAAAGAUGCGAAAAAAGAUACGAAAAAACCAACUAACCCUCCAUGUGGAUGCUAACUCUCCUGCCUAGCUAGUGAGCUGCAGAGAGGACGUGAGUAACAUCAAUUCUUCUUCUUCUUCGUGAGGGACGCUUAAAGGCACCGAGAAAAUGUCAGGUGUUGUUGGACAAAUGUACAUUUUAUGGAUCUGCUAAAUGGAUCAUUUAAGUUCAGCUUUUAAAUUCAUUUAACCCUCUACUGCAUAGCGUUGCCCUGAGGCAACAAACCACAUUUUCAUGUCUCACACUGGCCCUUCAAAAAAUAAAAAAUAAAAAAUAAAAAUUCUCCAUUUGGAGGUAAGAUAAAGACAGAGGACAGUGAGCUUUUAGGGAGUGACAGUGAAGUUAAGGAGUGGAUCCCUGAAUCAAGUAAAGUAAUUGUGUGUGUGUGUGUGUGUGUGUGUGUGUGUGUGUGUGUGUGUGUGUGUGUGUGCGCGCGCGUGUGCAUGGGGUUAGGGUCAAAUGUUGGAUGUAUUUGGUGUUUUAUUGUUCUGUGAAAUGUUUAGAUUGUUUAUUUGUUGCCUGUUUAUUUGUUCAUUUUUGUUGUACUAAUAAAACUUAUAAUAGAAUAACUUGGUGUUUGAUUACCCUUAUCGCACCAUGUUGCCUUUAAGCAACAAACCAAUAUCAUUUUGGGGAGGUGUCAUAUUUUAUGAUUGAUAUAUUAUUACGGACCCUAAAUCUCCCCCAAAAUAGGGUGAAAUAUUAAUAUUUCCCCAAAAAAUAAAAAGUCAUGCAGUACAGGCUUAAGAGACCUUCAACUGGGUGUCUUUCCUUUUGGUUUGUUUCUUUAAGAGUUGAGAAUGUGUUAAUUACAUGAAUAAAAUGUAAUUUUCUCUGUAGCACUUCAUGGAUUUCAUAAGCAACACACUUUAGUUGUUUACACAAAUCAUAAAGGUAAAAAAUAGUAUCUACAGUGUUA